UACCACCCAUCUUUUCUGGCCCCACUGAUGAAUCUAUCUGAGGCAGCGUGAUACCGCAUGCGUUCAGCCACUAUCACCAACUGCAGCACUGUCAAGUACGGGACAAUGCAUGCUGGACUGCGCGAUGAGGUCAGGUGAAGGUGUUGCUGCUUCUUUUUUACAAGGUGCUAAAUAGGAACGGCAGAUAGCAACGAGGUUGUGUCGCACAAGAAAUACGAGUGCGCGUGUGUCAUCUGUCUGCUCAACGUCCAUGAUUCAUAAAUCCUGUGCCCCGGGGGCAAUGACAGUGUUGCAUGCGCCUUCUGGGCGGGAAUUAAAAAACAAGCUUCGACCCAAGGGUUGUUGAGGUCAUCUUAUUCCUUAUUUCACUGUCGAAUUUCACUCGCUUUAUUCCUCGACAUGUACCUUAGAACCCUCGCCAGGAGCAACGAGUCUGGCCAAAGUGGCAGAAACACUUUAAUAAUAGCCAUAUCCAUCGGAGCUGGAGUCGUAAUUGCCAUCUCUGCAAUAAUCGUCGGGCUGAAACUCGUCGAGCGCCGACGCAAAUCAAGGCAACGGUUCAAGGAAGCCCAGUCACGCGACCCCACCCUGACCUGGGAUGAACACGACCGCAGAUGCAAACUCACGCGCUCACGACUUUUGGUAGAGGAGGAGAUGCAACGGCAUAAGAUCAUUCGGAAGACGCAGCAGAGUCGGGCAUCGAAUCGGAUGGACCCUGACCAAGCAGGCAGCAGCAAGUGGACAAGACCGACCCGAUCCCGCUCGAAGACAUGGCAUGGACGAGCGAAAAGCAUUAACACAGAUGUCGAAACUGGCCCACGGAUUGAGGAGCGGUGCCUAGAUUGGGGAUCCGCAGAGGCACACGUCUUGAGGACCUUCCAAGUAUUGAAUGGAAAGAAGCAUCCGUCUCAGAGCCCGCGCAGGAGUGAAGAUGAUGGGAACGUACCUCGAAGGCCACCGACCAUACGAUUAAAAACGCCGCCACUGUUUUCGCACCCCAUGUUCCGAAGCUCGGGAAAUGGACCCCCGAAGCACUUGAGCCUCCCUUCGGAGCUUAUCCGUAUACAUACUGACCCAGGGCCAUCUGUCGGUCCAGCUAUAAUAUCGGAGAAGUCGCAGGGCGAGGGUCCAUGAGCCAUCAGAUACAUCACGGAUUAGUAUCUUGCAGACUGGCAGGCCAGUGUGGAAUCGAAGGGAGCUCGUUUGCAUUUUCUCUUAAAUUGACUUGGGUCCAUGUCAGCAUGACGUUGGCCGAUCCUGGCAGCAUGCAAUUCAGUAUUUCAAGAUUGCCUAUGUAAUCAAUGUUGUUUUUUACUCGCGAA